ACCACCUUCGCUACUCGCCAGAAGGCCGCCCUCAAGCCUGCCGUCGCCACCGUUCCGCGCCGCCCUGUCGUUACCGCUCCCCCUCGUCCUGUCGUUCGUUCCGCCAUUACCGCCGCUCCUCGUCCCGCCGUUCCUAUCGUUACCGCCCCUCGUUCUUCCGCCCUCACUCCCGCCGAUCGUGUACGCCUGAGCAAGCUGGUUCCCGCCAUCGAGGAGGAACUUGGUCGUCUUCGUGAAGACUAUUAUGCAGACCUUCGUUACACCUGCAGACAUGGUUCCUUUUCUUUUGAUGACAGCAAGCUGACACAAGAGUCCGACUGGGAUGAUGAUCUGCUAUGUGAAUCUGACGAUGAGUCUGACAUUACUAUCUUUGAUAAGGCUGACAUGGUGGUGCGCAGUCGUGAUUCUAGUUCCAUCGAUCCUUCGCUUUCGUCCUUCACUUACAGCAACACCGCCCUCGCUCAGAUCCUCGCCGACUUCAGUGACGGCGUUUUCAACAACGAAGCCACCGACGACGACUACAGUGUCUUCCUCAACGACGACACUGUCAUCCACCACUCGCUUGCUUCCUCCGCAUACGCCCAUUUCGUCGACCCUACCAACACCGAUCUCGAGCUGGAAGAAGACGUUUCGAUGGCUGCUCUCGAGGAGCUAUCGUACGUCGAGGUUAGUCCCAUCGUUCAUGCUAACCUCACUUUCACUUCCCCUCCACAUUCAUUUGCUAACCAUGAGGACGACCUUGUCGCUGCUCUCGAGCAGAUGGACUUGGCCGAUCCAGUCAUCGGUGAGGGUAGCCACUUUGUUUUUUCUCCUCUUCACUCCUCAUUCCUCUCACGUCACCCUUCCUUCCUCGAAGACAGUUGA